UGAAUUUCCCUAGAUGUAGUACAAAUAUGACAACAUUCAAUUUUUGAUACCAGCAUAUUAGCAAAUAUUAGUGUUCUAAUUUGCUGAAAUUAUUAAGGAAAGACAAUACUAAGAAACGAUACGUUUGCUUUGAUAUAUUUGUCUUAUACACAUAUUUAUUUUGAUAAAGAAUUAAUAUAUCAUGGAUCUGAGUCCCUGUGUGACAUACCAAAGUAAAUAUUUAUAAAAUCCAAUAAAAAUUAUUAAAUCUGUGAAACAUGUUUUGUACAUGAAAAUUAUCCAUUUCACUGAAAUAAUUUAAGAUAACGUUAAGACAUUUACUUUUUACUCAAUUGAAGGUUGCUUUUAUGUAAUUUAUCUUUUAUGGCUAUUUUAUACUUUAUUUCAAUCUUGCAUAGUUUGGUUAAGUUCCAAUGACAUAAUCUUUUUUCUUGACAAACGUUUAAAAUUGUAAUCGAACACAUACAAUGUCCGAGAAAGAAGGAAAUGAUGUAACUAUAACUGAAAAAUCUGAGGAAAUGGGAGAAAAUUUAACAAAUGAAGAUACACCUGCUAGUCUUGAAACAAUACCUUCGGAAACACCAUUAGUGCGAAAUGGAGUUCAAGUUGCUUCAAAGGAUAGAGCAAAAAUCGAUAUUUUGUUGAAAGCAACUGGAAACGCCCCGAUAAUGAAACAAAAGAAAUGGUCUGUCAGUCAAGAUUAUUGCAUUGGUCGAAUUUCCGAUUUUAUCAGAAGAUACCUUAAAUUAGAUUCUAAUGAAAAAUUGUUUCUUUAUGUAAAUCAAACAUUUGCACCUGCACCAGAUCAGGUAGUAAAAAACUUGUAUGAUUGUUAUGGUGCAGAUGGAAAAUUAAUACUUCACUAUUGUAAAAGCCAAGCUUGGGGUUAAGUGUUGUUUCGAAAUACAAUAAUUUUAUGAAUUAUCACAUAAAUAUAUUACAAACAUUUUAAUACUUUCAUCAUCAUUUACUUUCUUAGAUAUUAUAUAUAAACUCUAUUCAAUAAGUAUUCAAUGAGUAUUUCAAAUUUAAUCAUGGAUAAUAUAACAGAUUUCAUGGAAUGUCAGAAAAUAAGGUGAAGAUACUGUAAAAUAUUGAUUAUAACUAUUACUAUAAUUAUAGAAAAUGA